AUGCGUGCCAUUGUUUCCGAUCUUCAACGAGCUGUGUUUCAAGUAGCAGAUGAACGUUUAGUUGCGGUAGCUAAUAUUGUUCGCGUCGACAGUAAAAAAUGUCGGAAGCCAACAUUUCUUUGCUUAGCUGUGACCACGGACCAACCAAUAGCUGUGCGUCUAUAUUUUGUCAGAAAUGAAAAGGAAGGCUGUUAUAAAAAGAAAAGACAGUUCGCACUUCGAGAUGUAAAGACGGUUGAUGGCAUUAAUCCGCGGAAGUUGACAGCGGAAUUUGAUUUGGUCGUUGACGAUCGCUUGUUCAGGUUUUGUGCUUUCACAACUGAAGAGAAGGAUUCAUUCAUCAAGCAACUGUAUAAGUUUGCUAAUAAGUAUCUCCCGGUACAGAAACCAGAUUUUGUAAACAUUCCGAUUCCUGUCGAAACACCGCACAUAGCCGUUAUAGCAGAACAUGUUGAUGGUGACACCGAUGAAGGGUUAGUUGAUUAUCAGCCAAUAUCUGCUAAAGAAGAAGUUGAUUUUCGCCGCUUACUUGCACGUGCCAAUCUUACGAUCGGUGAAGCGGAUAAAUUUGCCGCAGUGCUUACAUCACAGCUUCAGCUUUUGGAUGGCGCUAACAUACAGUCUAUUAUGGAUAGUGAAGCCGCCGUCAAUGAACUUAUUGGACUUGUUGAAGAUGCCCUUGAAGAAGUUGAUUUCUUGGAUAAAGAGCUUGACAACUUUGAUCAGUUACUUUAUCAUGUACGCGAUAGUGUUGAAUUAAUCGAAGAAAAAGAUAGCCUUGGAUGUGUUGAACGAAAAAAUACUCGAAUCUUAAAAGAUUUUUUGUCGGAAUUGGUGACGACUGUAGAUAUUGUUAGUGAAGAUCAUAUCCGUGCAUUACAGAGUGCAAACUUAUCCGAUCCUAUAAGCAUAAGUCGAUGUUGUGCUGCAGCUCGUGCUUUGCAAGCUUAUUCAGCAGCUAAAGUUAAUCCUUCAAUUCAUUUAAUGGUUUCAUAUAAAGAAAGAACUGAACAGUUAAAUCACUUAACUGAUCGUUUCAUCGAGAAACUGAUAGCACAUAUGUCCGCAUUAUUCUCAAAUUUGAACGAUUUAAUGGAAGUAUCAGAUUGGCAUGAAAUUGCAGUACAAAAGCAGUCGGAAAGAUUCCACGCCCUUCGACCAUUUUCUGAUUUGAUGGGAUGGUUGAAAUCAGUUAGACCAUCUGUAUAUCAAACACUCAUACAGAGGUAUGUGCAAAACACAAAGUUGAUAUACAAGAAGGAGUUUGAGCGGUUUUUUGAAGGUGUAAAUGGUGAACUAAGUAAAAUCGCCGAUUUCGAACGCAGAACUACUCUUCGAGGCUCUGAGACAAUGAAAUCUAUAGCCGAAAAGUCCUUACAUGCUGAAAGUAAGGUCGACUCGAAGGAAGUCAUCAGAUUGGUUGAAGUCGUUUUGGGUGAGAUUGGUCCAGUAGUUGAGUCGGAACAGAAGUUUUGUACAAGAUUUUUCCAUAUGGCUGCUGAUCUUUUGGUUGCAUUAGAAACCCAGUCGACAUCAAGCGGGGAUAGCGGUAUCAUGGGCAAAAAUGUUGAAAAACAAGUCACCGAUCAGGUACGUGCCAUUUUGUCGCCAUUGUUCGAGUCUUUACAUGAUCAUUUCGAUAAAUUCAUCAAGUCCUGUUGUCAGUUGCAACAACCAUUCGUAUUUGUGUUGUUUGUAUUUUUAUCGAACAAAGCACCUUUGUUGCAAGAUGCGUCAUCGUAUUUUUCUGUGAUGGUUUUUGGACGUCUGGUUGUGCUGGUUAAAAGACAAAUGGAUGCAUAUUUGGAUAGUAAAUCUUACCAACUUGCUGAGAUCAAAUUUUCAAAACGAGUACGGAUUGGUAUUCUGGAAAGUGUUUAUCAAUUUGUGAAACUGGCUCGUAUAGCAGAAGCAGCCUUUGUUGGAACUGAACGUCGUGCUGACCUAGAUCGGUGGUAUAUACAGCUUAUAACUUCCUUGAAAGAUGGGAUCGAAUGUGCUGCUAUAUCGCCAUUUUCGAAAUCACCAGCUGCAGUUGUUCGAUUUGAAAAUUAUCAUCAUUUGUAUUCUAUUUUAUCGGAACUUAAAAUCGAUUGUUUGGAUUGGCAAAGAAAAGAAGCAAAAAAAGCAUAUCAAGAUAAUAUACAAAUUUAUGUGAAGGAAUUAAUGGAAAGAUCACUUGAGAAAAUGCAUCAUUUUUUCGAAUCAAUAGAAAAUCUUAUUCGACAAGGAGUCAAACCGGAGGAAGUGGCAUUUCACCAACAAUUUAGUCGCUUAGAAUUGAAAAAGGUAAUAUCACUUUAUCCUGAAAAGGAAAUAAAGAAAGGACUGGAGCAAUUAUACAAAAAGAUAGAAAAACAUCUGACUGAUGAUUCGCCACUGCUACAAGUUGUUUGGAGAAAUAUGCAAGAUGAAUUUCUCAAACAACUGAAGCAUUACAAUGAAGUGAUGGGACAGUGUUAUCCAAAUUCACGAAUCGAUCUUGAAAUAUCUAUCCAAGAUGUCCUCAGUUAUUUUUCCCAGUUUGCUAUGCAGCAUUGA